AUGGCGACAACACCAGGAAGGAAGGUGUCAUCGCCGGCAGCGGCCGACCGCCCGCCACAGGCCGUGAAAUUUGCACGUAGGACGUCCAGCGGCCGAGUUGUGAGCCUGUCGCGCGACGACGAAAUAAAUGUGGCUGAGGAAUUUUCCGGGUCCAGUGAUUUUAUCAACUAUACAGUUCUUAUGCCACCGACCCCUGACAAUCAGCCUGGAGGGUCUUCAAAUGCUGGACCGUCCGGGGACAAGCCGGACGGGCCUUCUCCGUAUGGCACCGCCACUUCCAGGUUCCGAAAUGAAGGGCAAAGGGGACGUAUGAGUAGUUUAGGCGGCGACGAAGAAGGCGGGGGAAAUUCAGGGGGAAAGCUGGACAGGGGAAUGUCAUUGAUGAAAUCGAAUAACAAGUCGAUGUUGUUGAGGACCCAGACAGGCGAUUUCGACCAUAAUCGAUGGUUGUUUGAAACAAAAGGGAAGUAUGGAAUAGGAAAUGCUUUCUGGCAAGAGGAUUCUUAUGAUCAGGACACAGGUUUAGGCAUGUCUGAUUUCAUGGACAAACCUUGGAAGCCUCUUACCAGGAAAGUUAAGGUUCCUCCAGGAGUUCUUAGUCCUUACAGGUUAUUGAUAGUCAUCCGUCUAGUGGUACUAUGUUUCUUCCUUGGAUGGCGAGUAGGUAAUCCUAAUCAAGAUGCAAUGUGGCUAUGGGGGAUAUCUAUUGUAUGUGAGAUAUGGUUCGCAUUUUCGUGGCUGCUUGAUAUACUUCCCAAACUAAACCCUAUAAACCGAGUAGCUGAUCUCGCAGCUCUGAAAGAUAAGUUUGAGACAGCUUCUCCCUCUAAUCCACGUGGGCGAUCUGACCUCCCAGGGAUCGAUGUGUUCAUUUCUACAGCUGAUCCUGACAAAGAGCCUCCACUCUUUACUGCAAAUACAAUCCUGUCUAUCCUUGCUGUUGAAUAUCCGGUUGAGAAAGUGUCAAUCUACAUUUCAGAUGAUGGUGGAGCCAUCUUGACUUUUGAAGCAAUGGCUGAAACAGUCAACUUUGCUGAGGUGUGGGUACCAUUCUGCAGGAAACAUAAUAUUGAGUCAAGGAACCCUGAGAGUUACUUUUCGCAGAAAACUGAUCCUACCAAAAAUAAGAAGCAGCCUGAUUUUGUCAAGGACCGCAGAUGGAUCAAGAGGGAAUACGAUGAAUUCAAGGUUCGGAUAAAUGGUUUACCAGAAGUCAUACGAAAAAGGAGCGAAAUGUAUAAUUCAAAAGAGAAGCAAGUAGAUGUAGAGAAAAAUGGGGCUUCAGAUAAGGCCAACGUCACCCCUGCAACAUGGAUGGCAGAUGGAACACAUUGGCCAGGAACAUGGCUCGAGCCAACAGCUGAUCACAAAAAGAGCGACCAUGCUGGAAUCUUACAGAUAAUGAGCAAGGUACCAGACAACGAUCCUGUAAUGGGUUAUCCAGAUGAAAAGAAGUUAGAUUUUACUGGUGUUGAUAUUAGACUUCCCAUGUUUGCAUAUGUCUCUCGUGAGAAACGACCAGGAUACGAUCAUAAUAAGAAGGCUGGAGCCAUGAACUCCUUGGUGAGAGCUUCUGCAAUUCUCUCCAAUGGGCCAUUCAUCCUUAACUUGGACUGUGACCAUUACAUCUACAAUUCUAAGGCAAUUCGGGAAGGAAUAUGCUACAUGAUGGACCGCGGUGGAGACCGCAUUUGCUAUGUGCAGUUCCCACAAAGAUUUGAAGGAAUAGAUCCUUCAGAUAGAUAUGCAAACCACAACACUGUCUUUUUUGAUGGUAAUAUGCGCGCAUUAGAUGGUCUACAAGGACCGGUGUAUGUCGGAACUGGUUGUAUGUUUCGACGGUAUGCACUAUAUGGGUUCCACCCACCAAGAGCAAAUGAAUACUCAGGCGUGUUUGGACAAAACAAAAGUCAAGCCAGAAAGAUCCCUAUGCCAUCUGAUGAUGAGUCCCAGCCACUUGCGACACAUCCUGACUUAGGCUUACCAAAGAGGUUUGGCAAUUCCACUAUGUUCACCGAUUCUAUAGCAGUUGCAGAAUUUCAAGGAAGACCUCUCGCUGACCACUCCUCAGUAAAGAACGGAAGACCUCCAGGUGCUCUACUCACGCCAAGACCACCGCUUGAUGCUCCAACUGUUGCUGAGGCAAUUGCUGUUAUCUCUUGUUGGUAUGAGGACAAGACUGAAUGGGGAGAUAGAGUGGGAUGGAUUUAUGGGUCAGUUACAGAAGAUGUGGUCACUGGUUAUCGUAUGCAUAAUCGUGGAUGGCGGUCUGUCUAUUGUAUCACAAAGAGAGAUGCUUUUCGGGGCACUGCACCAAUAAAUCUCACUGAUAGACUCCAUCAGGUACUUCGAUGGGCAACAGGAUCAGUUGAAAUCUUCUUCUCUAAGAACAAUCCCAUGCUUGCAAGCCCACGACUCAAGUUUCUCCAACGUGUGGCAUACUUUAAUGUUGGAAUCUACCCUUUCACGUCAAUUUUCCUUGUGGUCUAUUGUUUCCUUCCGGCUCUUUCCCUCUUCUCAGGGCAAUUCAUAGUACAAGGCCUGAAUACCGCAUUCCUUGUCUACCUGCUCCUCAUCACUGUCACACUGACUCUAAUUUCUCUCCUGGAAGUCAAGUGGUCUGGCAUUGGCCUUGAGGAAUGGUGGCGCAAUGAACAAUUUUGGGUCAUCGGAGGUACUAGUGCACAUCUUGUAGCAGUUAUACAAGGUCUCCUGAAGGUCAUCGCUGGUAUUGAAAUUUCAUUCAAGUUGACAGCAAAGGCUGCUGCUGAAGAUGAAGACGACAUCUAUGCUGAUCUUUAUGUUGUGAAAUGGACAAGCCUUUUCAUAAUGCCAUUAACAAUCAUAGUGGUAAAUAUUGUUGCUCUAGUGCUUGGGAUAUCAAGGACAAUUUACAGUCUGAUUCCACAGUGGAGUAAGCUGUUUGGUGGAGCUUUUUUCAGCUUUUGGGUGUUGGCUCACAUGUAUCCCUUCGCUAAGGGAUUGAUGGGAAGGAGAGGCAGACUGCCCACCAUAAUUUAUGUCUGGACAGCGCUUUUAUCGAUUACUAUCUCACUGCUUUGGGUUCAAUUUAAUCCUCCAUCAGGAUCAGUAGCUAGUGCACCUAGAAAUGUGACUUUAGAAUGGUUUUGA